AUGUGUACCCCCCUGUACCAUGACAUUUUCCGUCUCCCCUUUGGACUUGUUUUGAAGGUCAUCAAAAAACCCAGUUACGUCGAAGCAGAUGCUCUGCGUUUCGUCAGCACCUUGCGAGAUAUCCACGUUCCUCGUUACAUCGACAGCGUCUCGAACCAGUACAAAAGCUAUCUCCUCACUACUUGGGUAGAAGGUGAUUGCGCGGGCGACGAAAGGUUAGCGCACGAUUUGCGCUCCCAACUAGGUUCGAUGAGACUGCAGACCCGGUCUUACGAGCUUCGUGCCAUCUGCAACGCUUCAGGCGGUCCCGUUGACGAUCCACGCAUUCCUUGGGUGGCUCGGGAGAAUCUCCGAACGUUUCCAUCCUCUCAAGACUUCGUUGCGGAGGUUUGGACUGGACUCGAUUGGCCGAUGAAUCGCGACACGUUGCAACCCUUACUACGACCUCUCAUCGAGCGCGACGGAGUUCCUAUCGUAUUUAGUCAUGGGGAUCUUCUUCCAAAGAAUUUGAUUUUUCCGGGUGGCCUAAAUCAUUGGCGAUCGGGCGGAGAGAAGAUUUGCAUCAUCGAUUGGGAGUACGCUGGGUGGAUGCCAAUUUUCUGGGAUGCAUUGAAGGCGACGUGGUUGGAGGGCGAACCUGAUACAGAGUGGUUGCAAAUGAUGCGGACAAUUUUUCCUGAGUGCAUUGAGGAAUUGGAUGCUGAUUGGCAGUGGCGAAGUCGGUCAAGAGUUACGAUCCUUUAG